GGAAAGAAGAAGUACUUACAGCCUGACUUCAAAGCGGAAUUACAGCGUGCAUUGGAAGAAUCGAGUUGUUCACCGAAGAGUAGUGUCAGUUCCUUGUCGUCUGGUUGCGAAACAAGAAUCAAUCGAGGGGAAAGGUACCAAGCAGUUGUUAGCAAAUGGGUUGAACGCGAAAUUACAGAGGAGGAACUGGAUGAAAUACCAGAUAGAGAUGAGAAAGUUUUUGACUGCAAUUUAAUUGCACAUUUGGAUCCUCAAGCAGUUGCUGCAUUUGAAUUAUUAGCGUGCAGCCAAGCUGUCCCAGUUCCUGGAAGAAAUAAAGAGUUGGCUUUACAUUUGCUUAUGUCUAAUAAGGGUAAUCUCACCGAAGCUGUUGCUGAUUUAAUGAAAGCGGACGCAUUGAAUUGGGAGCAUACUCCUGUUGUUCACCACAGCGGUUACAACGACUCUGUGUUCUGGACACCAUCAGAAAUAGCUUUGUUUCAGGAAGCUAUAUAUAAAUCAGAAAAGGAUUUUACUGAAGUGGUUCGUAAAACCGUUAAACAGUGCGUGGAAUUUUUUUACAUGUGGAAGAAAGCGUUUCCUGACGACUACAAAAAACUGAGCAAUUUGGUGCGAAAAAGAAGAUUGUUGACGCAGCAGGUUUGCCAUGGUUUUCUGAAUGGUUUUUUGAAUAGACAGUGCUUGUUUGUAUUAAAUCACCGGCCAUUUUUAGGGCUGUCACUUGCGUUCAUCCAUCGAGCAACGAUAAAGAAGGGCGCCCAACCUGCUUCGGAUGGGUACUUCCAUUGCAGAUUAUGUGACAAAUUUUUUGAGAAGGUCAAAAGUUUGAAUGCGCACAUGAAAUCGCACGCUAUGAAAGCUCGUGCCGAAGCAGAAGCACAAGCUCAAAUGACUUUACAGUACAAUAGUCCAGGGAGCGGGUCAUCAAAUAUGCGAGAAAAACUAAUUUCAUCUAAUGUAAAUAUGCAAAACGUUCCAAAUACGACAAAUCAAUUGGGUCAGAACCAGUUGAAUGUUGUAGCCCGAGCAGCUAAUGCGUUGAGCCAAACCGGUGGACCAUUUAGCGCUGUGAAUGUGAAUGCAUUGAAUCAGGCUGCCUUAGCCCAGGAUAUUUUUGUGCAGACCUCUUUAGCACAGGAUUCUUUGGUUCAUAGCACUUUGUUGCAAAGUCCGUUAAGCCAUGCAUCACUUGCUGCCCAAAGUGCACUAGGACAAUCCGCUUUAGGGCAAGUUUCACAGAAUGCGAUAGGACAAGCCACUCAAGCUACCCUCGGUCAAGCUGCUCAGUCUGUGCUGGGACAAGCCACUCAGGGUGCUUUGAAUUCAGCUGCUCAAACCGCAUUAGGCCAGACCGCACUAAGCAGUGUUCUUGGUCAAGGCUUACCUAUGGCACCAGCUGCUUUGCAGUUAUUUAAUUCUUUGCAUCCAGCCAUAUCCCAUUCAACUGUAUGA